AUGACGAGCAGAGGGGACGUGUGCACCCCCCAAGGUCCCCAGGGGGCCCGCAAGGACAGAGCCCUCAGCCAGAGGAAGCUGCUGGGGGCGGGGCUCUGUGAAGCCUCCCACCGCUGGGGCCAUGCCGUGUUCAUCGCCCGAGGGGCCCUGUGGGGCUCAGAGGACAUCACCAGACUGGAUGCAGCAGGGGGGCUUCAGAGCCUCCGGGUCACCAUGGCCACGCACCCCAAUGGCUUCCGGCUGGAGGGGGCCCUGGCUGCAGCCGCCAAGAGGCCCGGGCCUCGCACGGUGCUCUACGAGGGUCCGGUCCGAGGCCUGUGCCCCUGGGCCCCCCGAAACUCUAACACCAUGGCGGCCGCCGCCCUGGCUGCCCCCAGCCUGGGCUUCGACGGAGUCAUCGGGGUGCUGGUGGCCGAUCUCAGCCUCCCGGACGUGCACGUGGUGGACGUCGAGCUGAGCGGACCCCCGGGCCCCUCGGGCCGCAGCUUCGCCCUGCGUACCCAUCGGGAGAACCCCGCCCAGCCAGGCGCCGUCACCGGCUCGGCCACGGUCACCGCCUUCUGGCGCAGCCUCCUAGGCUGCUGUCAGCUUCCCACCAAGCCGGGCAUCUAUCUCUGCUGAGAAGCCUCCUCCCUCCCCAGAAAGAACGACCUCGUGUCAUUUACAUUCCCCAGCACUGCCCCAUGCCUGCCCUGGCCUCAGUUUCCCUGGAUUUCCCUCCCCUCCCCCUUUCAGUAAAACUCGAAGCUCCUC